AUAGUUAUUACUUAUUUUUCUCAGGCUUUUAUAGGUGUUUAGUACCGAAAAUUUACAUUAAUAACAAUUAAUUUUAAAAAAUGAAAACGAUUUAAACAUUUAUACACAAAAAAAUACUAUUUACAUUAACAGUAUUAGUUGCAAAAUAUGUCAAACAACAUAAAUACAUAAUUUGUAAUUUCUAGGUUCAUAUACUAAAAUAUAUUGUUUUGAGUGUAUGAGACUAUUUACAUUUUGUUUAUGUAUAAAAGAUUAAAAAAACAUAUUUUCGCAUGAGACAGUUAGAAACACACUUAUGUAUGAUGCAUAUUUUAGUCCUAUAGUGUUAUUUUACCUACUUGAUUUAAUUGUUGUUGUACAAUUAUUGAUGAAAAAAAUCGGUUAAAUUGACAUAAGUUUAUAUGCUAUUUUAAUAAUACAUAAACGGUAAUUAAAUCAGUAUACAAUUUUGAGUCUAUAGAAAUUGGGGGUAUAUAGGUAAUGCUUACCUAUCCGGCAUUAAACAAAUGUAGAAUUUAAAUUUCAAAAACGUCGCCCAUUUCGUAUAUGUAAUAUAUUUAAUAAAGCCAAUUCUAAAUUUGUUGGUCGUAAAUUAUUUAAGUACUUCUUUAAUGAUCGAUUUGAUAAGUACUACCUGUAUAUUAUACUAAUUUAUUCAUAUUUUUUGUUAACAGGUCAAUUACUCGAUGCUUAAAAAAUUAUAACAUUUAUGGAUUUUAUUAAAACAAUUACAAGAAAAUGGCUUCCCAAAUUGAAGAGUUUCUUGCUAAAAAGAAAGAACAAACUACACUUUUGGAUUUACAUAACUGUACUGCCAAUUCAAAGGAAGAAUUAAGAAAACUCGUGGAAAAAGUGCCCGAAUUCAAGAUAAAACCAGAAAAAAAACUGGGCGAUAUUAAGAUAAGAGAAAAAAAAUUCAAAUUUAAACUACCUAAGAAAGAAAGUAAAAAAUCAUUUCCAUUUGCUGAGCCAACUCCGUCAGAAAUGAAAGGAGUUUCAUUAGACGAGUUGUACUCGGUAAACAUCCCAUGGAAAAUGCUUACUUCUCUUCGCCCAAAAUCAAAAAUCGAUGAAGAAUAUUUUUCGAGACAAGUGGAACUAGGUACGGCCACGCUUAAGACCAGGAACGCGGAAAAAAGAACCCCUCGCGAUAGUUUUCUGCGGAAAAAGAAAAAUGCGUCCGGAGGAGUGGAGUCGAAGUUUUUGUCGUGCAAAGAGUGCGGCAUCGAAUUCUGUACGGGCGAGAGCUGUAAGAUAUUCGACUACGAUUCGUUCAAACGGGUUGCGGUGUCGGCCGUACAGACGACCACAGAACAGACGCAAGAGCCCGCUUUCCAGGAAAAGAAGUUGUCGAAAAAGAAAAAUGCUAGUAAAGGACUUAAAGCGAAAUCGCGAGGGCCAGUGGUUAACGUCAAAAACGCCCAGGUAAAGAAAAACGGAGAGAGAAUUAUUAUCGGGGUGAACACAAAAAAAAAAAAUUCUAUCGCUGUUCCUGAAAAGUUAAUCACCGACAAGUCCAACGAGAAUGGCAAGACAAUUAUAAAGAAUAAAUUAUAUUCAUCGAAAGCUGAUACAAAAGUAACAAAGGAGAAUUCAAUUAAAAAAACACGAAUUGUCGAAAACAAAAAGUCGUAAAAUACCUAUAUUAUAUUACACAAACAAUGAAUACUGAAUAGGUACUUUUUUU